UGUUCCAGGCAAAGCGCAAAGGCGAGUUCAGUCCGCAUGUGACGCCAUGGGGCAUGGACUCCGGCUUUUGCUGCUGUGCUUAAGCGCAGGCACAAGCCGUGGCCAACGUGGCCUUGGCUUAGGCUCGGAGGCCGAGCUCUGCGACGCCAGGCAUGGCUGCGGAGAGGGCCUGGGCUUCAUGCAGAUGGGCUCCCAGGCGCUGAAAUCGCCUUCGAUUUCGGCGAAGUCUCCCAAAGCGGCCGAGCCCGCGGCUUCCGAGGCCGGGACCACACAACACCGUCGAUCCGUUUCCGUGCUGCAAGCGACGACGACAGCGAAGAACGUGGGCGACUACAACGACGGGGCCAUCGUCUUUUCGGGCAUGCUCUGCGUGGUGGUUAUCUACUUGCUCGCGGGCUCCGUGAUGAGCUCAGGGGAGGAUCUCGGCGCCACCACGGCCCCUGUGGAGGGGAGGCUGCAGAACUUUUACCAGCGCACCACCUCCUGGGUGAUGCCCCGCAUGGAGACCUUACAAGAGAUCCUGCCCUGCGUGAGCACGAACCUGGUGGGCGCGUCCGCAGACAUGCCGCUGCUGGUGCCCCUGAAGUCUCUGGAGGAGAGGGAGAAGAUGCAGAACCUCGCAGCCUCAGCUUUUGCAGGCUGGUCCACGCAGCUGCCGGCCAAUGUCGCCUGGCACUUCGACAUCACCAGCAUCCUGGGUCAGAAGAUCCUGGCGGUGCAGCAAACCAAGCUGCAGGAUGGGACGCUGGGGCGGGUGGAGGUGAUCGGCUACCGCGGCAGCGGCAGAGGCAAGCUCCUGGGCUCCAUCGACACCAAGCUGCAGGUCUUCAACGGCGAGGGCGCAGACUUCGGGCGCCUCGUUCGGAAGCAGUCGGGGGCUUACGAGCUGAAGGAGUCUGCAACUGGCAGGCACCGGUGGAUGGUCGCUGCGAACAUGCAGUUCGAGGGGCACGAGUACUUCACUGUGACGUGGAGGCCUCGGCGCCGCAUCCUGGCCACGGUGAACCGAGGCCAGGGCAGCUACGCGGAGUACAUGAAGGUGAUGCCAUCUAAAGGUGUCGACGUGGUGCUGGUGGUCCUUUGCUGCGUGGGGCUCUUCGUGUUUAGGCUGGAUGCCAAUUCUCUGCAGGCGAAGCGGCCGCCUGAGAUCGCGGAGGAUGGCGGCGCGGGCGCAGGCAAACUGCUAGAGUCUGCGAGCUGAUGGGAA